AUGUCAAGAAGACAAUUUCAACGUACUAUGCUAUCUAUAAAUAUUAAACCAGCUAAUCCACUCGAAAAGGACUCGGGUUGUAUCAGCAUGGAAGUAACAACAAAACCAGAGGAGGAAUUCUCAAAUAACUUCACUCCAGUAACAACAUUGUCUGAAGAUACUACAGAAAUGACCGUAUGUUCAGAUAUUAGCCUUUCAAAAACUAACUCAACUAGUACUACAGUAGUACAUACUACUGCUGAAUGUGUUGUAGAUAAUUUUGCAAGUGACAAUUAUGUUAAUGAUUGUGAUCAAAUUUCAUUAGAAAAUAAAUUGCAAAAGUUAAUUUCUAAAUACCAUGUAUCACAUAACUUUGUAAAUGAGCUUUUAGUAAUUUUAAGAUCAGAAGGUCUUAAAUUACCCAAAGAUUCGAGAACCUUAUUAAAAACUCCUAAAAAACAUGAAAUUAUUAGUAUAGAACCAGGAUCGUAUAUUCAUAUAGGUAUUGAGUUCAUGAUCACACCAAUCUUAACUAAAUACUUUGAUAAAAUUAAACAUACUUCUAUAAUUAAAUUAAGUUUGAAUAUUGAUGGUCUUCCUACAACAAAAAGUUCAAAAUCCAAUUUUUGGCCUAUAUUAAUUUCAUUUAUUGAUAUUCAUGAAUUAUCUAAAAUAGUUGUACCUGUUGGAAUUUACCAUGGUAAAUUCAAAAAACCAAAUUCAAUAUCUGAUUUUUUAAAUCCAUUCAUUUCUGAAAUGGAAUUAUUAUUAGUCAAUGGCUUGUCUAUCAAUAACAAAACUUUUUUUUUAAAUAUUAGCCAGGUAAUUUGUGAUGCCCCAGCAAAGGCUUUUAUUUUGAAUGUAAAAGGACACAAUGCCUACCAUAGCUGUAAUUCAUGUAUUGUCGAAGGUGUUUUUCUAAAUAAUCGAAUGGCUUUUCCUGACUUAAAUUCUUCUUUACGGACAAAUAUUUCAUUUCGUAAUCAACACGAUGAAGACUAUCAUAAAGGUUUUUGUCCACUAACCAAAUUUAAUACAAAUAUAGUAGACAACGUGGUAUUAGAAUAUAUGCACAAUAUAUGUUUGGGCGUUGUUAAAAGAUUAUUGUUAUUUUGGAAAAAAGGCAAAAAACUAGUUCGAUUUUUGAAUGAUGAUAUUUCUAAUGAAGUUUCUUCAGAGCUUAUUUGUCUUAAAGCAUUUUUCCCCAAAGAAUUUAGUCGUUCCCCUCGGUCUUUAGAAGAACUAGAGUAUUGGAAAGCGACAGAGUUCAGAUCUUUUUUGUUAUACUCUGGCCCUAUUGUACUGAAGGGCAGAUUAAAAAAAUCGCUCUACAAACACUUUAUGUUAUUACAUUGCGCCAUUAGACUCCUGUUAUCUGGUGAUACAUGUAUGGUUUACAAUGAUGUUGCCAAUGAUUUAUUGAGACAAUUUGUUGAAGAAUAUUCUUUUUUAUAUGGUGAAGAGUAUAUUACAUAUAAUGUACAUGGUUUAAUUCAUAUUGCACAUUUUGUAAAAAUACAUGGACCACUGGACAAAUUUAGUGCAUUCAAAUUUGAAAAUUACCUACAAAUGAUUAAAAUGUCAUUAAAAAAUGCUCGUUUUCCUCUUCAAGAUGUGUUCAAUAGAAUAAUAGAACAAACAAAAAUUGAGAUAGUUGAACCAAUUGCUAGUUACCCAAUUUUAAAAAAAGAAAUAGUUUAUAAUCAUUUAAUUCAUCCUGAUCCCACAGAUACUCUUUAUGAAAAUGUAAUAACUGAAAAUUGUAUUCUGAGUUCUGUAAACAAGAAAAAUAUGUAUUUUUUGUUGAAAAAUAAUGUCAUUAUUUGUAUUAAAAAAAUUAUAAAAAAGGCUAAUGGAAGUGUAUAUUUUGAAGUUGUAAAAUACAACGCAGUCCCAUUUUUUGACAAUCCAUUAGUGUCUGAUAUUGUUGGAGACUUCUAUGUAGAUAUAUUUGAUGAAACAGAUAGUUUUCUUAUUAAUAUGUGUGAUAUUAAGCAUAAAUGUUUAUUUUUUAGUAUUUCUGAUGUAAAAGCAGUUGCAAUUACAUUGUUACAUGAUCUUUAUUAA